GGAGGAGGAGGAGGAGGAGGAGGAAGGAGGAGCGAGUGAGUGGGGGAACAGACUGGCUGAAGCUCACAGCUCUCAGUCUCUCCUCUGUGCUUAGUGAAGCAGCUUCUUUUUGCUUUCCCUCUCUCACAACCCUGCCUCUCCUACACUUUUGCCUGAGCUGACAAGAGCAAACGCAGCAGCAAAAAACAGGGGCUCACUCGCUCCAACUCUCCAUGUGCCAUGCUGCCCUGGAGGAGGAAUAAGUUUGUUCUGGUGGAGGAUGAGGCCAAGAGUAAACCCAAGAGCCUGGGGACAGGGCUGACCUACCACUCCAUCCUCUCCUCUCUUCUGCGCUCCUGUCCGGACUUGCUGCCCGAGUGCCCCUUCGACUGGGUGGGCAACAUCUUCCACACCAAACGGCAAAAGGUGGAACUGAACAAAGAGGAGCCUGUUUACAACGUGCGCUACCUGGGGAGCGUGGUCACCAUCACGGCGAAGGGAGACGGCUGCACCCAGGAGGCGGUGGCCAAGAUCUGGGCGAGGAGCAACUACGGGGAGCAGAGUGUCAAGAUGAGGCUAACCGUGGGGCCGCAGGGCAUCCGGAUGAGCGCUGACAAAUCUGGGAAAAAGAAACCCAUCCAUCUUUACUCACUGAACAGAAUCACGUACUGCGGCGCUGACCCGUGCCGGCCCAAGAUCCUGGCUUGGAUCUACAGGCACCAGGUCAAGAACAUGGCCGUGGUGCUCCAGUGCCACGCUGUCCUGGUUAGCAAGUCGGAGAAGGCCCAGGCCAUCGGUCGCAGCCUCUACCAGAACGCCACCUCCGCCUUCAGCGAGUUCAAGCGACUGAAGCGUCAGAGCGAUUUCCGGCACUGCCAGCAGCAGCUGCUGGGGGACGAGGCGGUGCCCCUGAUGCCACUGAGGAGGCUGCUGAACGGGCAGUGCCAUUACAGACCGCCGGCCGACAACCCUGGCAGCGCCACCCGCCUCUGCUCCAUCACGGAGGAAGAAGAAGAAGACGAGGAGGACAUGGAAGAUGAGAGGCAAGAGAUGGAGGAACCAGAUGAGCAGAAGAAGCAGGUUUUUACAACAAAAACAGACCCGACUCAGUUAUUAUCAGAGCUGGACAUUGGGGAUAUUGCCAGACUGGAGCAGUGCCAAAUCAACUUUGUCAGUGACAGCAACAACAACACGUUUACAUUCAUAACCUCUCUGGUGUGACAGUUGAAAGAAUUCUGCAACACUACAGUAACACAUUCCUCUCUUGGCCCUUCUCUGGUACCCCCACUCAGGCUCCCUCCUGCCCCGUUCCAUGUAAUGUGAAGUGUUUACUAGAAACUUCUCCUACUACCGGGUGGUGGAGAAAAGGCAGAGGAUCUUUCUGCGGGAGCAGUUUCCAUGCAGGCCAGAUGGCUCAGAUGCUGGUUUUGACGAUUGCAGUUUGGGUAACUGCGUGUUUACAAAGACGGCCGGGGGAUGCACAGACUGACGAUAGCACAAUGACAAAUGAGGACUAUGGUUUCAGGAAAAAAAAUGAGAGAUCACUGGGUCACAUAUUGAUCACAGCACCAAGCAGGAUGGGUUUUAUUAGUCCUCUAUCCUCUAUUCGUGAGUAUAAUUUAUGCCAUGUUUGCCAGCGGGAACAUUUUUCGGAUCGACUUUUUUUAAGGAAGGUUCUUUGUAAAUUUCUGUAAUUUUUCUAAUAUGACAAUCCUCGCUGAAAUUGUUCAGACUGAUCUUUUCCGAUUGCUUACAAUCGCAAGAAGUUAUCACCACGGCCAAUUAUUGAAUAAGGCUGUUAUUUAGGAAGCAAGCCAUUGAGUCGACAUGUUUUUUGCUGUCAUUUGUUAUGGCUCUUAUCAUUUAUGCAUGACAUGUCAGCAGUAACCUUUUCGUGCUGAGCUUCUGUCUAUUCUCAUGUGACAUCUUUGAUCCUCGGGGGCUUUCAAAACGAGCACUGUGAAUAAUGUGUGGCUGAGGAUAAAAUACACAACUGUUCAUGUAGCAAUGUCUUUUCCCAUACCUAUUGCUUUGUCACCUGGUUUGGCAAAACAACAGCAAAAACAGAUUUCAAUUUGCCUUUGCUUUUUAGCCAAGUUUUGCUAAUGCAGAUUUUACACAUUACAAUGCCCUUACAAAUGCAGAUGGUCCCUUACAAUUUAACAAAAACUGUUUUGAAUAUGACUUUAGCUAAUUUCCUGUUGAUAAUUUGUGUCCUACUGUCAAAGAUGCAUUGUGAUUAUUAUGAGAUGAAGCUAUUUUCCCAAUAUGAUGAAUAAAAAUUACCAUUA